GGGUUCUUUCAAGUGUUUCAAGCAUCAGAUUAACACCGGUUAUUCUCGGAGGGCGGUCACAAGAUAAUAAGAAAAAUUUAUUUUAAGCUUAGGUGAUAGUAAAUAAAGUGGAUAAUGAGUGCUUUGCGUUCACGUUUUGGGAAAUUGUAAAUAUAUAUUUUUAUUAUUGCUCAUUUUGUGAAUUGUGUCAACGUGAAUGGAAGCUAUAUGAACGAACGGUGGUGUCGAGUGAAACGUGUGCAUAGCGUGUAAAGAGCGUUUUGAAAGGAUAAGAAAAGUGGAACACUGGCGUAGUUCUAGAUGUACAUUGCAAAGAAACUAUAUAUAUAAAUACUAAUUAAAACUGCACACACAUUUUUGUAACUUUCAAUAUAAGUUAAAAGUUGCUUAUUUCAAACAAAAAAAAAGAUAAAAUAAAAAAAUUUAGGUGUGAAUUUUGAGAGCGAGCGAGCGAGCGAACGAACAAGCAGCGUGCGAAAGCGUAAAGAGAGAAGAAUAAGUCAUGGAUUUUGUACAAGUAGCAGAAGAGGAAGGUGAAGAACCAAUAGAGCUUCCAGCAGAGGAGGAUGGCACCCUUUUACUAUCCACUUUGCAAGCGCAAUUUCCCGGCUCAUGUGGUCUAAAGUAUCGCAAUGAAGAUACUAAGGCAGUGCGUGGUGUACGGUCUAAUGAAGGGCGUUUGUAUCCCCCAUCUUCAGAAGAUGGUUGGGGCUCUAGUGUAUUCUUUUGUGUAUUCCCAAAAGAAAACAAGCGAAAGAGCGAUGACAAUUUGGAAAAUUCCACGGCCAAAACCAAGCGUAUUGAAACGCGCUUACGUUGCACAGAUUUAAUCGUAUUGGGCUUGCCGUGGAAGACAACAGAGGAUAGCUUACGCGAAUAUUUUGAAAGCUAUGGCGAAGUGCUAAUGGCACAAGUGAAAAAGGAUAUGAAAUCUGGUCAAUCGAAGGGUUUUGGCUUCGUGCGAUUUGGUUCGUAUGAAGCACAAAUGCGUGUACUCUCUUCCAGGCAUUUAAUUGAUGGACGUUGGUGUGAAGUUAAAGUACCGAAUUCUAAAGGUAUGAUGCACCAAGUGCCAUGCAAAGUGUUUGUUGGGAGAUGCACUGAAGAUCUUACCGCCGAUGAUUUGCGAGACUACUUCUCAAAGUUUGGAGAAGUAACAGAUGUUUUCAUACCGAAACCGUUUCGUGCAUUCAGUUUUGUAACCUUCUUGGAUCCGGAAGUGGCACAGUCUCUAUGUGGAGAAGAUCACAUAAUCAAGGGUGUGUCUGUUCAUGUAUCCAACGCAGCGCCAAAAUCUGAACAAAACCGUAACUCUGGUCAUAACCAACAAAAUUACUCCUAUAAUUCUCAAAAUAGCAUUGGCAGCGGCUUACAUAUGCUACACCAUCACCAAGGUCUCCACACCGGUGGCAGUAGCGGUAGUGGCGGCAGCAACAAUGGUGGUUCUGGUCGUAAUGGCCAUCAACGUUCAAACAACAGCAAUAACAUGUUAGGCGAUGGCCCCAUGUCUGGCUGCUCCAACAAUGGUUCUUACGGUAUGAACGGUAAUGGCUAUGGUGGCAAUAAUAAUGGCUUUAGUAGUAGUGGUGGUAGUGGUGGCAGUUUGAGUGGCAGCAAUAGCGGGUUGAUGGGCAAUUCGGGCAGCCGACAAGAUGGAUCUAUCACUCCAUACAAUCGUGGUAAUGGAGGUAAUUAUAUGAAUAGAGGUUCAAUGGGUCCUCAGCAUAGUAGCAGUGGUAAUAUGGGUUGGAAUAAUCAAACAAAUCGUGGCCAUCUAGAUAUGCCCAAUUUACAAGCGUUGGGUAUAAAUCCUCAAGGCCCGAACCCACCAAAUCAAGGUCAAAAUAUGAGCAAUCCAUUAGGUGUGGGUUUGAAUUUGAACUCAUUACCAAUGAAUCCUGCUAUUGUGGCGGCUGCUUUAAACCAAUGGAGUUUACUUGGCAAUCAAUUGCAGAAUCAAUCGCAAGAUCAACAGGUAUCAAAUCAGGGCGGAAAUUUUUUAUCUUGGAUGGCCCAAGCUAGUAGCUCUGGAAAUGGUGGCAACUUAAAUGCCGGCGGCAAAAGCAACAACUCAAAUAAUUCUAGCUCUAAUGGAAAUCCAGGCAUGGGCCCGGGAUCCUGUAGUGACUCUCAACAGAAUGGCAGUGCUAACUCGAACAGCCAGGGCUGGUCUCGUCAAAACUCUGGUGGUGUAUCCCAGGGCACGCCUGAUGGUAACCCGAAAUUUAUUUAAAUUAAAUUAAUACAAAAUGAAAAUAAUUCUGAUUAUGUGAGAGCGCUAGCUACGUACGUGUGUGUAUGAUAAUUUUGACGCGAUUUUUAAAUUUAGAACGGUAUUUCAUUAAACAUAAAUAUAAAUAAUUAAACAAAAAGUAUGUAAACGUAAAAAAAAAUGGUUGAAAUCAUGCUUAACAGUAUCUUGAUCUGAAUAAAGUUUUAACCUGUAUUGUAGUGCAAGAACAAAA